AGGCUCCACAAUACAAAGUCAGUCAUGGCCGGGUCAGUUCGUGCGACGCUCCUGGGUCUCCUCAUGCAGAUCCUGUGCAAUGGGCUGGCUGGUCAGCAGCUGCUCCUCACACGUCCCCAAAGGAGCCUGUUCGAGACUCCGCUGGGUCACGUAGAGCAAGUGGAACAAGUGCCCUCUUUAGGCUGGAAUAGUGUUGGUAGUGGACUCGGAGUGGGCGAGUGGCCCUACAGCCCCGUUGGUCUCGGCCACAUGAGCAAGGAUGAGCUGCUGACCCUGCUGGAGGCCUGGAAGGAGGUCGAGGAGGAAUCGGCCACAACAACGACUGCGUCGCCAGCGGAUGCCAGCACACGUAGACCUCCUCCGCCUCCACUGCCACCACCACCACCUCCUCCGCCACGACCCACACCCAUACCAGUCUCCGUUGCAAUCCCGUCACCGGCUGUUCCGCCCUCCGGCACUCCCAUUACAGUGCGGCUCCCAGCCUUUGUGCCUGUGCGUCUGGCUGCCGUGUUUACUCCGCUUGCCGGUGGACAAGCUGAUAGUGCUGUUCCGUCUGCCAACGGAGUCGGAGGGGCUGGAGGAGAUGAUUUGUCCACCGAUGACGUGACAGAUGAUGACGGCGUCUCUACCCGGCUCUUUCGCUUUUUGCCCAUGCCAGGAGCUCGAACGAGACCGCAAUCCAAUUCACAGCCCAGGCAGCAAUUUGUGGUGAGGAACACCCUGGACAGCGUGGAUGCGGGCACUGCCCCUGUCAGGCAGCAGAUUAAACCGGAAGUCCAGCCCAAGGCGACUGCUCCGCCUUCCAUUCCCAAGUUCCCUGGCCACCCAACUCCCUUCUUCCGUCCCAGAUUUGGUGUGCCACCGAGUCUGGCCAACGCUCGAUUCGAGCUGGUGCCCUCUUCCCAAAUCAUCGGCGACUGGCGGGUGUGAGCCUGUGCAUCACUUGACUGACCAAAACGGAGUACCUUCCGGCGAACCAACCAGGAUCGAGCUUUUGAAGGAGGCUGUCUUGCUAGGCUGUUUCCACUGUUGCUUAUGUAUUUUAUUUUUUAUUGAAUAAUAAUUUUUUUUUUUUUUUUUGUGUCCAAAUAGAAUAUGCAAUCAGUCAUAGAUUAGCGACAUACUAACUGCUUUCGAAUUGAAGUAGGCACUUUUUCUGCUCCAAUGGCCAUGUGAAGCCAUAUAUGUACAUCUAUUUGUAUGUCCUCUGAAAUCGCUCAGCUUUUAAAACAAAGAGCAGUCUGAAGAGUACAUAUAAAGAUAGCGAUCAGCCCGAGUAUUUAGCCAUAACAAUUUAUAGUAUUUUUCGAAUCCUAAGAUUGGAAUAUUCAGUUCAAUCGAAUAUGUAUGCAGUUUCCCCUCACACAGUUUUAUAAGUUGGCCUGAAGUUUUUGUACAAAAAAAUAUAAAUUUUAUAUUUAGAAAUG